UGUUGUAACAUUUAUGCGCAAGAGCAAGCCACGAUAUUAAAACAAUUUCAUCAACAUUAAUCGAUUUUUUUUAUCUCCUGGAAUUGAGAGUGGAGUUCUAAACUUCUAACCAUCAAGGUAUCCCUCGCUCUCAAGUCUCAACAUUGUCGAAUUUGGUAGCCGUUAUCGCAUUACAUAACAGUCACCUUUCAAAGUUGUUAAUCCAACUCUGACAAUGGCGAAAAUGGUAAGCACAACAACAUUCUGUGUAUCAUCAUUCAAUUCGAAACCCAGAAAAAGCAUUCUGAUAUCCUCAAAGGGGAAGGGCGCUGCUCCUCUCCUCUUUCCCGCUUCCUUUCUCUCUCCUCACAAAUCCCAACGUCGACCCAUUUCGUUACAAUCCAAAGCAUUCGGCAAAUCAACCUCCACACCCAAAACAGACAAUGACAAAACCCAGAAACAAGAAAUUGAACAAGAUGAAGAAAUUGAAGUUGAAGAAGAUCUUCCAUGGAUACAAGAAAAGGCUUUGGAUUUGGUCGAAUUUACUGGUUCUGUAUCUCAAGCUAUCCCUGGUCCACGAGUUGGCCAGACCUCUUUCCCUUGGUUUCUUGCUGUUCCUUUAGCUGUUUUGGGGAUUACUUUUGUUACUAGCUUUCUUAAGGCUCUUAACAAAUUCACUUCUCCAAGAGAAAAACGCCGUAAAUUGGUAAGGAAAAAUGCCACACUGAAUAAGUCAAUUGAUGAACUCUUUGAGAAAGGCAGAGAUGCAGUUCAGUAUUCUGCGUUGGAGGAUAUUGUGAAAAAGACAGGUUUUAGCAUGGAGGAUGUUCUGCGGAAGUACCUUCGUUAUGCAUUCAAUGAUAAACCAUUCAAUGGAGACACGGUUGCAGACCUGAUUCAACUAAGGAAAGCCUCAAUGUUGAGUGACUCCCAAGUUGCUGAAAUUCUAAAUGAUGUAUCAAGACGUAUUGUGAAGGACAAAGGUCCUGUUGUCAUGGAUGCUUCAGGUUAUACUGAAAGGGGUUUCAAGAGAAAGCUUGCUGUGCAGGCUCUUUUCGGAAAGGUUUUCUAUUUAUCUGAGCUUUCAGAGUUCUGUGCUAGGGACAACUCUUUAAUUGUGAAGGAAAUUUUUGGAGUUACAGAUGAAGAUGCAGACAAGCUACGGAUAGACACCCUCUCACACUCUGGAGACAUAGAAGCCCUUGAAAAGAUGAUUGAAGAUGGAUCUGAUUCAGAAGAUAAUGAUGAAAGCUCAGAAUAAGCUGAUAUAAUCGAGGGAAAAUGUAGCUGGCUUGCAGUCACAUAUUUGAUGGGAUUUUUGUUGCCAAGAGCAGGUAACCUUAGAGCAUCUGGUGGUUGUCCACUCGUACUCAGGUUACCCUCUUUGGUUAUGCAUACAGUUUCUGGGAAUUAUUGAUUACAAUCAUGAAGGGGAUGUAAUAACCUAGGUCAUUUGUUUGAAACAGUCUUGACUUUCUCUGGCAGGGAAAUCAGGCAAAUUUGGAAUACUGACCUAAUCCUUAGAAGGGAGCUGAAAUCAAAUUAUAAAUCAAUUUGCAGGCUAGCUGCUUUAGUUCUAGUGAGUUUGAUUUUUUAUUUUUCUUAUAACGAGGUGACUUUGAUUUACGCCUUUUACGGUCUAUAUGUAUUUCAUCAAUUUCUAAUGUUAAUUUCCCCACACUAAUGUGAGCUUGUUAUAUUAGUUUUACGUAGUAGAUAGUACUACCCUCAACAAUCAACACGGAAGGAGUUGUUUUUUUAUGCCCGGGAAACUAUGUAUUGCUCUAACUAACUUUUACAA